AUGACUUAUGUGAAUGUCAUUCCUGAACUGGAUGGCAACAACUAUGGAAAAUGGUACCAGAAAUUGGAGAUAGCUCUGGCGAUGGCCAAUAUAGAUUUGGCCAUCACAACGCCAGCUCCACAAGAACCAGAAAAGCCCGUAAGGGCACAGAAUGAAGAAGCUGCUGCUUGGGCUAUCCGAGAGAAGAAUUAUGACUCUGCUAUGACCAGAUAUGAUGCUGACAAGACACGUUGGAAUGAUUCCAACCGCAAGUGUCUUAUGGUCAUGAAGGGUUCCACUUCAGAUGCCAUCAAGAUGGCGAUCCCAGAUUGUGACACCGCUUCAGAAUAUUUAGCAAAGGUGAAGAGUCAGUUUACUGGUUCUUCCAAGGCUUAUGCUGCCAUUCUUGCUGAGCAGCUUAUCACCAAGAAAUACACUGGCGGUGGCAUCAGAGAACAUAUCUUAGAAAUGAGCCACAUGGCCAACAAGCUUAAGACGAUGGACAUGCCUUUGUCAGAAAAGUUCAUUGUUCAGCUGGUCUUCAAGUCCCUACCAAAGGCGUUUGAGGCAUUUCAUGUCAACUAUAACGCUUUUCCAGAAGAUUGGGGUAUUGACAAGCUGAUUGGCAUGUGUGUUCAAGAAGAAGAUCGCCUUAAGAACUCCAAUGGUGGCAAGAAUCAGCAUGAGAGUGGUCCUUCCAGACCACCUCCACAGAAAGACUGGGAAAUUUUUCCAGUUGAACAAGACCAGUGCCUGAAGUGCAAAAAGAGAGGGCACUACAAGAGGGACUGCCCAGAAUUCCCGAAAGAGUUGUUAAGAAAGGGGAUCAAGUAUGAGGAGGACCCUGCCAAGAGGCGCAAGAAGAAUUAA